UGUAUCCUUUAGUAUAUGCAUUUUUUAAUUUUUUUUUAUACGUAUAUCUAUCUAGUUACUAGAAAAAGAGAUUUGUUUCUAUUUUAAUAAUUUAAAUGUCGUCAACAUAUAAUAGAAUCAUGAUAAGUCGACGUAUUGAACAUUAAAUCUCAGAUAAACAAAAUGUUUCGUUCAGAGGUAUAUAGAGUUCCUCAAGAGAAAACCAAUGUAUCCGCGCCCCAUGAUGAUGAAGGAGAUUACUACUGUGAUAUGUGUGAUGAAGGUGGAUGGGACAGCGAAACGGAAUUAGAAAUACACCGCCAAUACAUCCACACGGAUAUACUGUGCAAUUUAUUGAAUAAUAAAAACAAAAUCGUUUGUUUUACGUGCAAACGGGAGCAGCCUGACAGGAAAACCUUAUAUAACCACAUCAAGGAAGAGCAUCUACUAAGUUCAAAGAACGCUGUACGCGUGGAACGCGAAAUAUACAUAUGCGACUAUUGCUGCCACAUAUUCUUCAAUAAACUCCUCCUAGCCUCGCACAUACAGAGGAAACACUGGCCAAAGACAACGAAAAGGAUCAUAGAAUGUCCGAAAUGCCUCAAAAUGGUCACACCUCAAUUCCUCUACGGUCACGCCGAGAUGCAUCAGCUGCAAAGCAUCUCUCUAUGUCCGAUCUGUUUGGAAAAGUGCAUCAAUCGCAGCGAUCUGGCCGUCCACUUGAGAUCGCACAUGAAACACUAUUAUUGCAACAUCUGCCAGUACAGCACGAAGAGGGAGAAUUACUAUCAAACCCAUAUAAAUCACCAUAAGAAGUAUAAAGUCCCGUACCAAGGGGACUUUGCAAGGUAUUACAUACCUGUCAAAGGGGUGUUGAAGAAGAAAUUCCUAACACCGUUCCCCAUAAAAGGUUUGCCGCUGUGGAAUAAUGUGCAUAUAUGCAUUCUAUGCCGCGAGAUCUGUCUCAGUCGACAUAAGAUGCAGUUGCAUGUAAGUGAACAUAUAGAGCCUAAAGUGACCCUCAGGAAGCGGCACGUGUGCGUGUGCGGGGAGGAGUUUUUCAAUAAUGUCCUACUGAAACAUCACGUUUUCAAGUUGAAAGGUUCUCACAGUGCGUUAGAUGAAGAAUAUAUAACCAUAAACGUACCAAUGAAAUCACAAGAUGUAUAUGUAAUACCCCAAUAGUAGUAUAUAUUGUACAUAUCUUAAUUACAGUUACUAGUUCACCAGAGGGAGACUUUGUACAGAAGUCGAUUGCUUGGGUACCUCUGUCCCAUUCGUGUUUCUACCGUGAAGCAGUUGUGUUUGAAUGGCUGUGUUUCGGUUUGAAGGGUGGGAUAUGACGUGAAUUUACUGGGUACAGAGGAAUAACACCUGAGUCCUCAGGAAUGGCAACGCAUGGGGGGUAUCAUAGGCGAAACUGUAUACUCUGUUAUGUCCACGGUACUGCUCAUGUCUAUGGGCGACGGUUACCAUUUUCCAUCACGUGGGCCGUCAGCUUGUUUGCCAUUCUAAGUUGUAUAAAAAAAAAAUUUUAAACAUGAAUGUACAAGAGUGCACGUAAAUGCAAUCAUGUUGAGUGCAUUGCAGAUAAUCAGCAAUAUUAUGACUAUAGUCUGUCUACGAUAACAUGGCACGUCCCUGCAAAGGAUUAUACCAUCAUCAUGAUGUACCAUUUCCAAAGUGGUAACCGUCGCCUAUAGACAUGGGCGUCACAGGAUAUCCUGCGAUGCUCAUAAUACACCUCGUGCGUUGCCAUUCCUGAGGACUAGCGUGUUAUGCUACCAUAUCGUUUAAUAUCACUGUCAUAUCCCACAUUUCAAAUUGUAACAGCAAGCAAGCACAGGUGCCUGGUAGAAACACGAGAGAUACCUCUAUGGCAAGGGUGGCCGACUUGACUAGACCCAAGAUCUACUGUUUACCGACGAAACCCUGUGCCAUCUACCAAUGACAUACUUCUUGAAAUCACAAAUGAAACGACAUAGUUCAGUACACAAUUACGUAGUAUUGUAGUAUUGUUUUUAUUUUAUUUUAUUGUAUAAAAAAAUAUAAAAUUGCAAAUUAUUCUUAGUAACAAUUUAUUUAUAUUAGCGUGAGCAUUGUGUCCGAGCAUCUUCCGCUAGAUUACUGUUUGUUACUUCAUUACUCCGUCAGGUGUAAACCGAUUUGAAGUUUUAUAUAUAUAUAUAUAUAUAUAUAUAUAUAUAUAUAUAUAUAUAUAUAUAUAUAUAUAUAUAUACCGCCACCUAAAACCUUACGCCCGUGUACGCUUUUACACCCUGCACCAUAUACAUAUGAUACAGCCGCCUCUGACGCUCCUCGGAACAGCCAGUAACUGUCCACUGCUGAACAUAAAUCCCCACUAUGCAGCUUUACCAGUAGUUGCCACGUUUGGCGAGGCAGGAGACCGUAGUUUGGCUUAUGGUAACCAUUAAAUUCCCAUUUGUCAACCAUGAAAUUCCCGCAGUCGCCUCUUACGAGUCGUAAGUUACGAUAUCCGUGGAGAAGGAAGGUGUGGUCCAUUCUAUGGUGGAUCCAAACACCAUAGAGUGGUCUCUAUCGGUCCUAUUCAUACAUGAUUUGGUUGUUUUUUUAUGUAAGAAAUGUAUAGUAUUGUUUGUAAGUUGAAACGGAAUGCAAUCAGCGUAUUUAAUAAACCACAAUUCCCCAAG